AUGACGUCCACCGCAUGUCCGAUCUGCUCACGUCAUGUGCGUGUUGAGAACCUCACGCUGCACGUUGAGGCGUGUCUCAACAAGCACGACCAGCUCGAAAUGCCAGUUAAAUCAACGUCCCAGUCUGUAACAGCAAAAGUCACUUCGAUCAAUGGAGCGUCCAAUCGCAGUUCAUUUACCAGGAGCCAAGAGAUACCAUCGCCAUCAUCGUCUUCUGCAGCUAUUAAGAAGCGUAAAAGAUUGGCAAAUGUCGAUAGUAGUGCAGUGCCAUUGGCCGAGAGGAUGAGACCGAAUGAUCUGGAUGAUGUUUUGGGUCAGGAGGAGCUCCUAGGCGCUGGUAGUCUCUUGGCUACCCUUAUCCAGAUGGAUCAAGUGCCUAAUAUGAUUCUGUGGGGACCGCCAGGAUGUGGUAAAACGACGCUGGCACAUGUGGUCUCGAAGCGAACGGGGUGCAAGUUUAUCAGUUUGUCAGGAGCGACUUCAAAAUUAGCGGAUGUGAAAGACGCUGUUGAUCGUGCAAGAGGGGAACGCACGAUGUUUGGCCGACGGACGAUUGUCUUUGUUGAUGAGAUCCAUCGCUUCAGCAAGAGUCAGCAGGAUUUCUUCUUACCUGUUGUGGAAAACGGCACCAUCACGCUGAUUGGGGCGACGACAGAGAACCCGUCAUUCGAAGUGAACAAUGCGUUGUUGAGUCGAUGUCGCGUGUAUACACUCAAAAAGCACACACAAGAGUCGAUCAAAAUGAUUCUGCGACGAGCCAUCCAAGAUCGUGUUGCAGGUGGCGCACAUUCGCUACCACGAAUACAGGAACAAGGAGAUGACGAUAAAGUGGUUGACAUUGAGGUGGAAGAUGCAGCUAUUGAGCAUCUGACAAAGCAGUGUGCAGGUGAUGCACGAGUUGCACUGAACAGCUUGGAAAUGGCGAUGCAAACUGCACCGAUGGAUGCUGAAAAGCAUGUUCUUCGAGUAUCAGCUGCUCAUGUUCAGCAUUGCUUUGCGCACCGUCCGACGCUUUUCUACGAUCGAAACGCGGACAUACACUACGACUACGUCAGUGCGCUCCACAAGUCAGUACGUGGCAGUGACGAAAACGCCACACUCUACUGGUUGGCGCGUAUGCUCGAGGGCGGCGAGAAUCCGCUGUAUGUUGCGCGACGGCUCAUUCGCAUCGCAAGUGAAGAUGUCGGUCUAGCAGCUCCUGAGUUGCUCCCCAUGGCGGUAUCAGCGUACCAUGCUGCCCACUUUAUCGGGAUGCCUGACUGUGAUGUCAUCCUUGCUCAUGUUGCGACGACGCUGGCUCGCGCACCAAAGUCCGUUGCUGUAUAUUCUGCGUACAAACGAGCAAAACAAUCGAUCCGAGAGUGGGACAAAGGUGCACUGCCUGAUGUCCCGCUGCAUCUGCGUAACGCCCCAACGAAGCUUAUGAGAGACUUGGGCUAUGGCGAGGAGUAUAAAUACAAUCCGCACUUUACUGCUGAAGAGAUGAGAGACCAAACGUACAUGCCGGACGAGAUGAUUGGCACGAACUUUUUUGCACUGAGUGAAGUGAACAAAGAUCGAUCUUGA